GCAGACACAAUAACUUCCAUAUAUGAAAGUGCCUAUACAUUUUUGUUAAAAAUCUCCAAUAAUUUGGGUCAGUAGCCGAACACUAAGCAUAUAAACCAAGGAAAUUCACAGUUAAGCAUGAGAGGCAGGUAUAAUAGGCCAGAGGUGGCUAAGCCUCCCCUAACCCAGGCUGUGGCCCCGCCCAUGCUCCGCCCUGACGGCCCACCUCUCUCUCCCCUUCACCCUUGAAGCUUGUGGGGGCUCAGCUCAGAGUGGCCCGCGGUCAGGCCGGGCUGGCGCGGUGGGUCGGUUUGGGCCGGGCUGGCAUGGCAGAUUGGGCCGGUUUGGACUGGGCCGACACGUUGGGUCAGGUCGGGCCGGGCCGGGUCGGUUCGGGCUGGCCCGGCACGUCGCUGACUGGGCCAGCGCGUUGGGUCGGUUCAGGUUGGGCUGGUGCUUCAGGUUGGUUCGGGUCAGGCUGGGUCAGUGUGUCGGGUCAGGUCGGGCUGGGCGUUGGGUCGGUUCAGAAUGGGCCAGCGCGUCGGGUCGGUUCAGGUCAAGCUGGCGCAUCAAGGUGGGCUGGUACAUCGGGUCAGUUCGGGCUGGGCGCCGGUCGGGUGGGGCCGGCACGUCGGGUCAGUUCGGGCUGGGGGUCGGGUCAGGUUGGGCUGGGCCGGCGCGUCGGGUCAGGCUGGGCCAAUGCGUAGGGUUGGGCUGGGCCUGCAUGUCGGGUCGGUUCAGGUCGGGCCAGCGCAUCGGGUCAGUUCAGGUUGGGCUGGCUCGUCAGGUCGGUUUGGGCUGGCAUGUCAAGUCGGUUUGGGAACGGCGCAUCGGGUCAGGUCGGGUCAGGCCAGGCCGGUGUGUCGGGUCAGGUUGGGCUGGCACGUCGGGUCGGUUCAGGUCAGGCCGGCACAUCGGGUCGGUUCAGGCUGGGCGUCGGGUCGGCACGUCGGGUCGGUUCGGGCUGGGUGUUGGGUCUGGUCAGGCCGGCACGUCGGGUCACUUCGGGUUGGGCGUCAGGUUGGGUCAGGCCGGCACGUUGGGUCAGUUUGGGCUGGGCGUCGGGUCGGGUUGGGCUGGCACGUCGGGUCGGUUCAGGUCGGGCCAGUGUGUGGGGUCGGGCUGGGCCAGCGUGUCGGGUCGGUUCAGGUUGGGCUGGCUCGUCAGGUCGGUUUGGGCUGGCAUGGCGAGUUGAUUCGGGAAGGGCCGGCGCGUCGGGUCAGGUCGGGUCAGGCCAGGCUGGUGCGUUGGUCAGUUUGGGCUGGCGCAUCGGGUCGGGUUGGGCCGGCACAUCGGGUUGGUUCAGGUCAGGCCGGCACAUCGGGUCAGUUCGGGCUGGGCAUUGGGUCUGGUCAGGCUGGCACAUCGGGUCAGUUCGGGCUGGGCAUUGGGUCUGGUCAGGCAGGCACGUCGGGUCACUUCGGGUUGGGCGUCAGGUCGGGUCAGGCCGGCACGUUGGGUCAGUUCGGGCUGGGCGUCGGGUCAGGUUGGGUCGGCACGUCGGGUCGGUUUGGGCUGGGCGUCUGGCCGGGUUGGGCCAGGCUGGCGUGUCGGGUCAGGCUGGGUCGGCACGUCGGGUCGGUUCGGGCUGGGCGUCUGGCCGGGUUGGGCCGGGCCAGCGCAUCGGGUCAGGCUGGGCCAGUGCGUAGGGUUGGGCUGGGCCUGCAUGUCGGGUCGGUUCGGGACGGGCCAGCGCGUCGGGUCGGGUCAGGUCGGGCUGGCGCGUCAGUUCGGGCUGGCGCAUUGGGUCACUUUUGUCUGGGCUAGCGUGCCAGGCUGGGCUGGCAUGUCAGGUUGCAUUGGGUCGGUUCGGCCCAGGCCCGAGCGUUGGGUCGGCCAGUGGCUUGGAGCAGCUGGGGCAGGAAAGCCAGUGCUUGGGGCAGUUCAGCCAGGGCUCCUACGGCAACAGCGUGAGCCCUCGGGACUUUGGUGGGUAAAAGGGGCAAGGCCAUGGGCAUAAGGGGCAGGGGGCUAUGCUCCCCCAAGGGGGGGGAUUCACGCUCCACCAAUGCAGUUACGUUUAAACUUAAAAGGAUUCCAAAUGUGAUAUGGUAUGGCAACGUAAUUAGGACAGUCCAACAACCUUAACUCUGCCCUCUACUGAUGGAGGGGGAGGGGAGUUAAAAAAAAUCAAAUGUCUUUAAAAUCAGUUUAAUCCCAUCUGGGGUGCUAAAUACUAAAAUGCCUUAAUCACCACUACAGGGCAGUGUUCAGGUUUCUGCUGAGGAGGAAUUUCAGUUAUGAAGAAUAACACGGAGAAACAACUAUUAAUCCUAAUAAACUAUUUGCAUGUUGCAUAAAGAUUUCAGUGAAUUUUAACUAUAGAAAAGAGGGCAGAGUUAAGGUUUGGUGCCCUAACUGCAUGUUAUACCUUAGUUGUUCGGAUUUCUUUUAAAUUUAAUCUUAUCUGUGAAUUUCCUGGGUUUCUAACACUUGGUUUUGGGAUAAUUACAACGUCCCUGUAAUGCGGUUUAACGUAAACUGCCAAUAUAUGCUCUCAACCUUAACUCCACUUUAAUGUAGUUAUUGUCUAAUUAAUUUUAAUUCCUAAGCUAAUUAACAUGUACAUUCUCAGAAAAUGCAUUCUGUACUCAAAGGGUACGUGUGGUAACUUUGGGGAGAAUGCAAUGUAUUGUCCAUACAUUAUAAACGGGUUGAAUCCCUGCUUUAAGUGCAAAACUUAACUCAGCCUUUGUGGCAGAAAUAUUCUUUGAAGUCUCAAUCUUCUGAUGGGGAUAAGAGCUAGGGAAUGGGACUGAUUGCCUUUUCUCCUGGGUCUCUCAAUCAGCCCCUGGCUGCAAUUAAACGUCAUGCUCAUAAAAGUGGAUCCCUGUAACCAGCUCUGCAGUUAGUGUCCCCAGCUUCUAAGCCUCCGCAACACACAUGCAAAGAAAUACUGAUGAGAGACAGAGGCCUGCCACUGAUGCAGACUUCUACCAGAGUAGUGGCACCCAGAUGGCGAUAUACACACAUGGCCAAAAGAACAGAACAAAGCCCAUCCGUUUGCUAAAGAAACAUCAAAAAAUAAAACAUCCCAGAAUAAACUU